AUGGCCAAUCCACCAUUCUGGUUGAGUAGGAAGAUACUUUUCUUCAAGGUGUGUAAAUGGAUGGGGCUUUCUUGCUUCCAGUCACUGGUGGUGUCCUUGCCUAACAUUCGUCAGAAGAAACUAAUUCACAAGCUGCAGGAGGAAAAGGCUUUUCGGGAAGAGAUAAAAAUUUUCCGUGAGAAAAUAGAAGACUUCAGGGAAGAGAUGUGGAAUUUCCGAGGCAAAAUUCGUGCUUUCCAGGGCCAGAUCUUGGGCUUUUGGGAAGAAGAGAGGCCUUUCUGGGAAGAGGAGAAAACCUUCUGGGAAGAGGAAAAAGCCUUCUGGGAAAUGGAAAAAUCUUUCCGGGAAGAAGAGAAAACCUUUUGGAAAAAGUACCGAGUCUUCUGGAAGGAGGAUAAGGCUUUCUGGAAAGAGGACAAUGCUUUAUGGGAAAGAGAUCAGAAUCUUCUUCAGGAGGACAGAGCUCUGUGGGAGGAAGAAAAGGCUCUGUGGAUAGAGGAACGAGCUCUUCUAGAGGAGGAGAAGGCCUUGUGGGAGGAUAAAAGGUCCCUCUGGGAGGAGGAGAAUGCCCUCUGGGUGGAGGAGAAAGCAUUCUGGGGAGAAGGUGGCCACCGUGCUGCUGAGGAGCAGGUACUGGAAAAUGGGCACCACAACGUCAAUGCAGGGUCACGAUCGCCGGCCUUCUCCCGGAGCAGAGCAUGA